AUGUUCUUGAACACAGCUUCUCCCCGGAGGUCGUUCACCAUUCCCAUUAACAUCAACCUGCAGGGUGCUCGCAGGCGGCAGACACGACACAGGGAGCCCUUUCACACAGCCGCAGCGCAGGAGUACGAGUGGAGCAGAGGGGUGAAUGGGCAUGGAGGGCAGCAGCGAGCUCGGACCCAGAUGCUGGUGUCAAGUGUCGGGGAGGACAGAGCCAUCCUGCUGGGCUUCGCCAUGAUGGCCUUCUCUGUGCUCAUGUUCUUUGUGGUCGGCUUCACGAUGGUCAAACCUUAUGUUAACAGUAAUUGGGAGGAGGAGGCCAGCUGUGUGCUGCUGCAGGCCGACGUCCUAGACGAGUGGGUGGACUGCAGAGGUGUGAGCACCGUGCCUUGCCUCAGGGUGACGGUUAACCUCACGGACUCCAAUCACAGGGCUUUUCUCCACUUUGACGAGGAGUCGGUCCUCCUCGCUCCUGAGUGUUUCUACAUACCCAAAUGUCGCAUGGACAGAACUGAACUUCAGGAUGAGGUCCUGAAAGUGAAAAACAGCUUGGACACUAAACUGGGGAGCACUGCAUCUUGCUUCAGCGACCGCACAAGGCACCCCAGGGACGUCAUCCUGAGCAGGAAGUACACCUUUAAGAAGGCCCUAUUUGCGUUACUGUGGCCCGUUCUGAUGCUGGGUGGUGGGGCUCUGCUGGUGGGCCUUGUGAAGCUGACACAGUGCUUAGCCCAUCUCUCCUCUGAGAUGUGCUGUGAGACUGCAGCAGGCAGGCUGACAUCAAGAUACACUCAGGGCAAACUGUACAGACUCCUCCGCAGGUCCAGCAUGCAGUCUCCUUCAUGACAUAUCCAACAACUGUGCUGCAACAUGCCAAAAAUCCCUUUUGAAAACAUGUAACUGGUACAUAAUAUGAAUCAGGGCUGGUAUGUAUAAAGCAGACUAAAAUUCUGG